UGCCUAAAAUGAAGCGAUCUCUUCUCACGAGUCCUCUCUAUGGAUGAAGGCGAGUACGAGCGGGCGUGGAGCGGACUGAAUAUCCAUUUUUACCAGGAUUUAUGUUCACCGACAUGUAUGGAUAUACGAAUGACAUUUUGAACAGCCCGCAACAGCUGAACUAGGCUAAGAUGAGCUCAGUUUUGAUCGUUAUGUGAUUGAAUUUUGAGACACGAAACAACGUUACAUUUUCAUUUGUAAAUCACACUGUGAGAAUUUAUUUGCAUCACGACCCUUCAAAGUGAUAUGAACAUGGAUGAAGAAAAUCGAGUGCCUGAAGAUCUUUCACUUGAAGAGAGAGAUGAGCUGUCCAACAUCAGAAGAAGAAAAAAAGAGCUGCUAGAUGACAUUGAGCGUUUAAAGUUUGAAAUAUCUGAAGUAAUGACAGAGAUUGAGCAUUUGACAUGUAUCAGAGAAAACAAAAGUUCUCAGAGGAGCAAGCAGAUCGCUGUCGGAAGAAAGAAAUUUAAUAUGGAUCCUAAAAAGGGAAUCCAAUUUCUUUUGGAGAACGAUCUUCUGCAACACACACCUGAGGACAUCGCACAGUUUCUCUACAAAGGCGAAGGCCUAAACAAAACCGUCAUAGGAGAUUAUUUAGGAGAAAGAGAUGAUUUCAACAUUAAGGUUUUACAAGCUUUUGUGGAGCUUCAUGAGUUUGGUGACCUCAACCUGGUUCAAGCUUUAAGGCAGUUUUUGUGGAGUUUCAGACUUCCGGGUGAAGCGCAAAAGAUUGACCGAAUGAUGGAGGCUUUUGCUGCGCGAUAUUGCCAGUGUAACCCAGGUGUCUUUCAGUCCACAGACACAUGCUACGUUCUUUCGUUUUCUGUCAUCAUGCUUAACACCAGCCUGCACAACCCUAAUGUCAGAGACAAGCCUACGGUGGAGAGGUUCAUCUUAAUGAACCGCGGCAUCAAUGAGGGUGGAGAUCUGCCAGAGGAGCUGCUCCGAAAUUUAUAUGAGAGCAUUAAAAAUGAGCCAUUUAAAAUUCCUGAAGAUGAUGGGAAUGAUCUAACACAUACGUUCUUCAAUCCAGACAGAGAGGGAUGGCUGUUAAAACUAGGGGGAAGAGUGAAAACCUGGAAAAGGAGAUGGUUCAUUUUGACAGACAAUUGCCUAUAUUACUUCGAAUAUACAACAGACAAAGAGCCGCGAGGGAUCAUACCAUUGGAGAAUCUCAGUAUAAGAGAAGUAGAGGAACCAAGAAAACCUAAUUGCUUUGAGCUCUACAACCCCGGUCACAAGGGGCAGGUAAUAAAGGCAUGCAAGACGGAAGCUGACGGGAAGGUGGUGGAGGGGAAUCACGUGGUGUACCGAAUAUCAGCGCCAACUCCCGAAGAAAAAGAAGAGUGGAUUAAAUCCAUCAAGGCGAGCAUCAGCAGGGACCCUUUCUAUGACAUGCUGGCCACCAGAAAGCGGAGAGUGGCUGCUAAAAAGUGAGAGUUCACCUCUUCAGCAUGAAACCUUUUUUAUCAUCUGUCAGGUGACAACAAGAACUCUCAAAGCUGAGGACAAUUUCAAAAUCAUUGUGUCUAUACUAGGUGCUAAUGGAAGCUCUCUAGUGAAAAACAAUGGAUAGUAUGAAGAGUACAGUGAAGUUAUAUACUGAUAUUGUGUUUGUAAAAAAAAAAAACACUUUUAAGAGUGGUAUCUGAUUCAGCUGUGCUACAAUAUCUGCAUCAUUUCAAAUGUGGGUCCAAUAUGCAGCCAGUAGCGCCCUCCGCUGCCUACAGCAGGAACUUCACCAUCACACUAAUCUUGUUUCAACUAUUACAGAUGUUCAGGUAUAGUUAUGCAAUCUUCUUUAUUUAACUGUAGAUUUAAGAAAUGUACUAUGUAAAAGUAUACUGGUUAUGCAAAUUUCACAUUCUUUUUUAUAUUUCAGAUUUAUUGUAGAAUUAUAGUGCUGUCAAAAUACUGUAUUAAUAGCAUCAUUAGUUUAAAGUGGUUUAUGUUAAUCUAAUAGCCAUUUAAAUCAGCAGGACUGGUUCCUUUAAUUCAAACGCAUAAAAUAAUCUGUCAGCUUU